ACAUUUCACUUUCUUUAUCCAAUGCCCAUUCAUUUCUUAACCAUCCCAUAUGUAGAUUUAUAUAAUGUACAUUCCACCGCUUUUGUCUUACCCUGCCUACUUUCACUACGCAAACGCCAUUCUACCUGCUUUUUCCAGGAAACCAAACGCCAUUCUUCCUCACCUCACUGUCAACUCUUACAAGGUGAAUUGAAGCAUGGCUACAAAAUUUAAAAAGUGCAUGAUGUUAUGUUGUUCGGCAAAGGUCUCGAAGGAAGAAGAUAUGGGAAGUGAGUCAUACGAGGAAGCCAUUGCAGCUUUGUCGAAGCUUCUUAGUGACAAAGCUGAUCUCGGGAGUGUCGCCGCCGCAAAAAUCAAGCAGAUAACAGACGAGUUAGAGGCAGCUGCCGAGUCCACUCAGUUCGACCCGGUCAAGCGGCUCGAGACCGGUUUCCUUCACUUCAAGAACGAAAAAUUUGACAAAAAUCCUGAUCUGUACGGUGCACUUGCCAAAGGGCAAAGUCCUAAGUUCUUGGUAUUUGCAUGCUCCGACUCCCGGGUGUGCCCCUCCCACAUCCUGAAUUUCCAACCAGGGGAGGCUUUUAUCGUCCGUAACAUUGCCAGCAUGGUCCCGCCCUAUGACAAGAAAAAAUACUCUGGAGCUGGGGCGGCCAUCGAAUACGCUGUCCUGCAUCUGAAGGUGGAGAAUAUAGUGGUUAUUGGACACAGUUGCUGUGGAGGUAUCAAAGGGCUUAUGUCCAUCCCAGACGACGGGACCACUGCUAGUGAUUUCAUAGAACAAUGGGUUAGCAUCUGUACACCAGCAAAGACCAAAGUGAAAUCAGAACAGAAUGAGCUAAGUUUCUCGGAGCAAUGCACCAACUGCGAGAAGGAGGCAGUGAAUGUAUCACUGGGGAACCUAUUGACGUAUCCGUUUGUGAGAGAAGCAGUGGUGAAGAAAACAGUGGCCCUGAAAGGUGCACAUUACGAUUUCGUGAAUGGGAAGUUUGACCUGUGGAAUCUGGAUUUCAAGAUUUCACCCACUUUAGCAAUAUGAGGAUGCAUGCAGCAUUUUUUUCGACUAAUCAAAGCUCUUCUAUUUGCUUCUAGUCAAACUAAAGGCCUGCCUUCAGCUUUUAUGUUUCUUCAUCGUCAUUGCUAAUCUCAGAGAAUAAAAGUAGUGCUGGAGUUCCUAUCUUGGUUCAUUUUAAUAAUUUUCUGUGUGAAAAAAGAAAAAGUGUUCAAAAGAAAGUGUUGUUUAAUUUGCACUCUAGAAGGAAAAUCUUGAGCUUAACGGAGUAGUGUUUUUUUCAAUUUGUGUUGAUCCAAAUUUUAAGAAUGAAAUCAACUUAAGUUGCGAUAAGAAA